UAUAUCCAAAUAGUUAAUGCAUUAGACCAGUUGAAAAAGGGAAAUAUGCAAACAGUAAAAUUGUUGUCAGGAUAUGAUAUGCCUGUUGUGGGUUUAGGUACAUGGCAGGCUAAACCUGAAGAAAUUAAAAAUGCUGUGACAACUGCUCUAAAAGUUGGCUAUAGACAUAUUGAUACUGCAUUUAAUUAUAAUAAUGAAGAAGCAAUUGGAGCAGUGUUAAAAGAAUGGUUUGAAAAUGGUGGAAAACGUGAAGAUCUUUUUAUUACAUCAAAGUUACCCCAUUAUGGUAAUCGGCCAUCAGAUGUAGAGAAGUUUAUUAAUUUAUCACUAAAAAAACUUAAUUUGGAUUAUUUGGAUAUGUAUUUAAUCCACAUGCCUUUUGCCUUUAAAUUAAAUGAAAGCACUUAUACUCCAGCAACUCAUGAAGAUGGAAGUUUUGUAUUAGAUCUUGAUACAGAUCCUGUUUCAGUGUGGAAGGAAAUGGAAGAACAAGUAAGAAAAAACCGUACAAGGUCUAUAGGUUUAAGUAAUUUUAAUGAGAAACAAGUCUUAGAUAUAUGGGAGAAUGCACAAAUUAAGCCAUGUAAUUUACAAGUAGAGUUACAUGCUUACUUGCAACAGUGUUCACUUCGACAAUUGUGUCAAACACGUAAAAUCAUUGUAACAGCCUACAGUCCCUUGGCAUCACCAGGAGCUAAAACGCACUUUCAAAUAAAAUAUAAUCAUAAUAUUAAAGAUUUUCCAGAUCUUCUAGGACAUCCAAUAGUACAAAAAAUAAGCACAGAACAUAAACGAUCAACAGCACAAAUUUUAUUACGUUACUUGUUGCAAUUAAAUGUUGUGGUAAUUCCAAAAAGUUCAUCUCCUGAGAGAAUUAAGGCAAACAUAGAUUUAUUUGAGUUUUCAUUAAAGGAAGAAGAAAUGAAAUUAUUAAGUUCCUUAGAUAAACAGGCACAUGGAAGAAUUUUUAAUUUUUUGUUCUUUAAGGGGGUUGAGAAUCAUCCACAUUAUCCAUUUAAAGAUGAAUUGGAACCCUAA